CGGUAGCGGGAUGGCAGUGGUGGGGAAUUGUGUAGGAAUGGCCUGUGGACCUUCUGCCCCUCCAGCACAUCAACCCCGUGGCUGCGAGUCUCAUCCAGAAGAUGCUGCAGCACGACCCGACCGCCCGGCCCACCAUCGACGAGCUGCUAAAUGAGGAGUUCUUCACGACGGGCUACAUCCCUUCGCGGCUGCCCACCACCUGCCUUACGGUUCCUCCCCGCUUCUCUCUGGCGCCCAGCAGCCUGGACCCCAGCAGCAGGAGGCCUCUUGCGGUGGUGAACAAGGGACCAGAGAGCCCCGCCCUGGAGAAAGUGCCCGAGAAGGAGGACAAGGCUGGCACCCUGCUGGAGCCCGGACACCUCCAGCCAUGCUACCUGGCCGACCUGCUGCAGCAGCUGAUGCGAGUCAGCACUUGCCGGCCCUCGGAAAAAACUCCCAUCAGGCAAGAGGAGGCUGAAGACCCGGCCUGCAUUCCCAUCUUCUGGAUCAGCAAGUGGGUGGACUACUCUGACAAGUAUGGCCUAGGCUACCAACUGUGCGACAACAGCGUUGGGGUCCUUUUCAACGACUCGACUCGCCUCAUCAUGUACAGCGACGGAGACAAACUGCAAUACAUUGACCAGAGCGGCUCUGAGCUGUAUUUUGACGUGCUCUCGUACCCGGAUACUUUCAGCAAGAAGAUUAAGCUGCUGGAGUAUUUCCAGAACUACAUGAGCGAGCACUUGCUGAAAGCCGGAGCCAACGUGACUCCCCGGGAAGGGGACGAGUUGGCACGGCUGCCUUACCUCUUGAACUGGUUUCGCACCCGCAGUGCCAUCGUCCUGCACCUGAGCAAUGGCACCGUGCAGGUGAACUUCUUCCAGGACCACACCAAGGUCAUCCUCUGCCCCUUGAUGGCCGCCGUCACCUACAUCAACGAACGGCGCGAGUUCCACACCUACAAGCUGGCCCUGAUCGAGGAGUUUGGCUGCUGCAAGGCGCUGGCCAGCCGCCUCCGUUACGCCCACACCAUGGUGGAGAAGCUGCUGUGCUCUAAAUCGGGGGCUGCCGCCACCGCCAAGGCGCCAAGCUAGAGCCGGGGGAGGCUCCGCUUGGCUCAGAACUGCGUGGCCCCUCCUGGAGGCCCCUCCUUGGCCAGGCCGCACCAGGCCCCCGGCUGCCUUAGGGGCCCCUUGGCUACAAAAGGACGAGAACUUAACAGGAUGCCUUUCCUCCAGAUCCUGAUGGUUUCCCCCCUUUCCCUCUUCUGCCCCCCAUUCAGACUAAACUGUUUUAUACUCACUUUGAAUAAAGCCUCUGGCCGUUGCCUUUUGAUUCGGAUUUAAGCCGCCGUCCGGAUUCCUUCUGGAGCCCCUCUCUGGAGGGGGGAGUGCAGGCUCCUUGGCCAGGCGGCUGCAGGCCUGGCUUAGAGGCUGUGCGGCUCAUUGCCUUCUGGUGAACUGGGCCUUGGCUUGCUCUGCCUUUGGUGGCCCUCCUCCA